ACGGUUUCAAAACCUGGCUUUUACCUUCAGUCCGUACACCUUUGUGAAAUGAAAAAAGCUAUACCGGCAUAUCUGGAUAGCGUUUCUAACGCUGCAAUAACAUGCAGAGGAAAGCAACUUGCCUCGUUACUAUCUCUAAGCGAUGCCCAUGUCAAUACGCUUCUGGAACAUAAUGCGCAGUCUGCAAAUCUCGUUGAAACGGCAAGAACAAAGCUAAACUAUCCUUGGGACGAUAUACUAUUACUCCAUGUCGAGAUCGUUCGAGCUCAGCAUCAAGGCGAUUUGCAACAAGCGUAUGAGGAUCAAAAGGAGCUCGUACAGUCCUUUCAGAGAGCAAUCAAUAGUUACGACAAGUGGUGCUUGCCUUUUCUUUAUGCGAUAAACAAAGACUUGAGAGAUCUAGCAGUUGAAGCCGAUGUACAGCAAGCGAACGACAAGAAGGAAAACAAGAACUUGGAGGAGGCUGCUAAUGUCAUGAGCAAAUCAUUUACUUCUUGUAUUACAGAUCGAUCUCUUGACAGAGCCAAGUCGAGGAAAUGGGGAACAUAUCACAUCAGUAAUCUACUGUUCAAAACCUACUUUAAGAUCAAAUCUCAAAAUUUAUGUCGCAAUGUGCUCAAAGCCAUUCGGGUGAACGACUUACCACCUUUAGAAAGCUAUCCUAAAGCUGAUAGGGUUACAUUCAGAUACUAUUUAGGUCGGCUUUAUUUCCUGGAAGAGCAGUACAUAAAGGCUGAACAAGAAUUGUCAUUAGCCUUCCUGGAAUGCUCUACAAGGAGUUCUCGUAACAAGCAGCUCAUACUGCAUUACUUAUUGCCUGUUAGAAUUUACCUCGGAAAAUUGCCUACCAGAAAGCUUCUCAAUCGGUAUCCGUCGAUAUCUGCCUUAUACUCUCCACUUGUGAGCGCUAUUCGCGAAGGAAAUGUGCGAGCGUUCGACGUUGCAAUGGAAUCUGGAUAUGCACAUCUUAUCGACCGUGGUACAUUUCUAACAAUAGAAAAGGCGCGCAGUAUGGUGAUUCGAACACUCUGCCGAAGGGUCUACUCCAUUAUGAAUACUACAAGAAUUUCAAUGGAAACGUUCAAGCAGGCUCUCGAAUUUGCUGGGCUUGAAGUAGAUAUGGAAGAGGUUGAAUGUAUGCUAGCUGUGCUAAUUUUCAAGGGUUAUAUCAAAGGAUACUUAUCUCAUGAAAAACAGUUUGUUGUUCUAAGUGCCAAAGAUCCGUUCCCCAUACCUUCCAGUGUCGUUGUUACUUAAAUCAUAGAUGAAAAGACCUUAAAGUAUAAGAUAGUGUACAGUGCUUAAAAAAAUCUUGCCUCCAUUCAACACCCCUUUCACGAAUGAAUGAGCGGCGUGGAAUCAAAUAUGGUACUUAGUUGUCUAGUUUAUCAUGACCAGA